UCCGUAGUCUGAUACGGGCUUAAGGAAAAUUGCGAUUUUUUACGUUAUUUGGACGCUAUUUUGCAUUUUGAGGGCCAUUUUGCGCUUUAGAGACGUGUUAAAACGACGUCGGGGGACUCGAAAAUGUAAAGAAAUGACAUUGAAAACGUUCCUGGGACAUUUUGCGAUAUUUUGCGUAUAAAGACAUCACCUCUACUUAUGUGAUGACAAUUCUAUGGCUACGAUCAAGCUGUCGCUGUAAUCGAAGGCGUUCGUCUUCGUCUAUCAUUAGCUGCGCUUGGCAUUGCAAAUCUGAUCGUGGCGUCGGAGUGCUCUCUUUCUCUAGUUUCUACCUCAUUUUCCUCUCUCGCUCGCUCCAACGCAAGAGAGCACUCCGACUCUGAUUUGCAUCGCCGAACGCAGCUCCCGUUGAAAAAGAAGUACUCGCAGGCAUUUCUAGCAGCAGCUUGACCGCAGCCUCUAUCGACAGACCAAAAAAAAAAGACAUUAAAUGUACAUCAGGGUCGUAUACUCCACGCUAAUCCAUAGAUCCAGGCUUGCGAGCUUAUAUCGCGAUUAUUACAAUCCACACAAUGGCAGUUAGGUAGUUGUGGAAAUUAGCACUGGACAUUCGCGAGCUUCGGGCCACAUUUCUAUUUAUUUUGAAGAUGUAAAGAAUAACAAUCAUAAUGAAGCCACAGAAGAAGGCUGUUGUUGCCAAAAAGGCAACUAAAAUGCCAGCAGUCGCCAAGAAACGUCGCACAUUUGCAGAGAAGACCAUGCCAGACGCGAAGAAGGAGAAGAAAUCAAAGAGAAAUGAUAAGCUGGAGGACUCGAAGAGGAAGGUGGAUAACGAUAAGAAGAAAUUAGAAAAGGCGGAGGAGAGGAAAAAGCCGGACGAGAAGAAGAAGGCGGAGGAGAAGAAGAAGGAGCGAUUGGAUAAAUUAGACGAGAAGAAAAAGCAAUUGGGUAAGGAUAACGAGAAGAAAUCUGAUAAGAUCGACGAGAGGAAGGCGGAAAAGAGGGACGACAAGGCGAAUAACGAUGAGGUGUGCCAGGAGAAUACGGAGAAGAAGAAGUUGCAAAAAUGCGAGGAGAAGGCGAAAUUGGAGAAACAGCCUGCGGAUAAUAAAAAGAAGGGCGAGAAAGCUGAGGAUAAGAAGAAGGGCGUAAAAUUGGACGAUAACACAUGUGCGGAGGACAAUGCGAAAUGUUUGAAUACACUGGAGGGUAAGGACGCGCUCGAAAACAAGAUCGAUAUCCCUCUUCCUCUGAAGAAGAGAAGCGGCAAGGAUGAGAAGAAGAAAGAUGUCAAGUUAAUUAAAUCUGAUAUUAAAUCGAUAUCGAAGAACUCCGUUGUGAAAGAGAAAAAAUCCGAGCGCAAGAAAAUCGCCGAGAAGGAUGCGGCGAGCAAUAAGAUUUCUUCCCCGCGAACGAAGAAGGACUCGAAAACGAAACAGAGUCAGAAGAAGGGCAUUACGAGAAAAACAGUUCUGACAAAGAAGCCUCAUUUGUCGGUAGUUAAAAGACUGGUGGACAAGAAGAUCAAGUUGGUCAAGCCGGUGAAAGAUGAAGAAGUGAGCGAGGACGAGGACGCGGCGAAGAAGGGGAAGAAGAAGAGCAACUUGGCUAAGAGUAAGACUUUGCAGGAGAAGAAACCAAAGCUGGCUAAACACAUGAAAGCCAAAUUGCCUCAGAAACACUCCAAGAUCAGUGCUGCGCUGAAGAGGGAGGACAAGCUGAAAACCAUAACGGAGAAGAUUAUGGCCAAGAAGAAAAUUGAAUUGAAAGAGUUGGACCAAGUCUCGACCGAGCAGAAAAAGAUGGCGAGCAAAGACGAGGCUUGUCAAGGACCAGAGGUGAGCAGCAUUAAAAGCGAGAUUGAAGAGGACUCGGACAAAUGCAAGGAGGAGAGUCUUCAACAAAAAUUACAGGAUAAUAAGAAAGUUGUCAAAAGCGGUAACAAAAUUAGCAGCAAAGCCCCGAAGAAGGCUGGAAAAACGGCAAGGGUACAAACGGAGAGCAAUAAUCAAACGUCAGUUUCAUCCGAGGACGCGCCCGUCGAAGAGUCUAACAAACAGUCGAGAAUUUCCGAAGAUGGCGCCAAGUCUACCGCCAAUUCGAAACAGGAACAAAUCGGCGCCGAGAACACGGUUGAAUUGAACCUUAAGGUUGAGACGAUGAACGGUGAGAGUGUCGGUGGCGUUACAUCUCAAUCCGACUCGGAGGGCGAUUCUGACGACGAGUACAAGAAGGGUAGGCAAAAGGAUAGCAAGAACAAAGAGCGGGCUAGCUCACCAUCGGACGAACGUGCGCGACGAAUGCGACUUUUUGGCUUUUGGAGUGGACCAAAACGACACAGGGUCGCAUCAUUGAAUGCCUUGGCUAAAGUUCACUGCCUCUACGAAAAUGAGACCGGCGGAGUCUACCUUGGUGGGUUUUGCAAACCGAAACCCGAGAAGGAGAAGGAGAAGCCGAAGAAGAUGAAGGAGGAGAAGGAGGAGCAGCCGCGUAAAGAGAAAGAGAAGAAGGCCGAGUGCAAAACGGAGGAGACCGUUUCGAAAAGGAAACUCCGAAAUGUGCCGGGACUACGUGGCAAACAUUGGGAUAUGAUGGAGAGUUCGUCAUCCUCGUCCUCCUCCGACGAGGAUUGCGAGAAGGAAAAGAGCGUUGAGCCAAGCAAGAAGAAAAUGACCAAAAGGAGGAAGCGAAACGAGGAAGUAAUGGACCUCAAGGACAUGGUUGUUUGCAAAAGGAUGGCCAGUCUUAAUGCCACUGCCAUUUUGGCUGCUUCCUACUCCGACGAGAAAAAUCGUUGUGGUAGCAGCAGCAGUGAUUCCUCCAGCGAGUCGUCGGAAGUAGAGAUAAUUAAAAGACGUAGACAAAAUGACUCGGACGUAGAUAAGAAGAAGCCGAGACAAGGCUCCGAUCCGGAGGAAGUUAUUAAGCCAUCCAAGAAAGUUGUCAUCGUUAACCAGGACACCGAUGUCACUAUUACUGGUGUUUACGUCAAUCAAACCCGAUCCACCCAUCACGAAGGUUUUUGCAGUAUUGCCGGUAUGCAGUACAGAAUCAGCUCCACCAGUCACACUCAAACUGCAGCUACCGCAGUGGCUACUGAACUUCACGAUCAGCAAAAACCGGAACAGCCGUGCAAGUCCUACACGCCACUCGGUGCAUUGUCUUCUAUGCAGCCACCAGGUAGCCAGGGUAAUCAUCCUAACAUGUCACCACGCAGGCAUUCAGCAUUCUCGGCCCCUCAUCAGCACGGGUAUUAUCAGCCGGCUGGUCCACUGAUACAGCACCCACCGCCGCCACCACCGACCUUACCGCCCAUUAAGGGCCCACCUCCGGAACCGACACCCACACCUCCCCAAAACUCGGAGGGUUCGGACGAUCUGGUCGCCACUUCCACGACUUCGGGAGGCACGAGCAGCACGGGUGGAGGCUUUUAUAGGACAUAUUGCCCGCAGUACUUCACCACGCCGCCGCAGUAUCCGGAACUGUGUUAUCCGCCGACGUAUUCUCAUCCUCACGCUCAUCCGCCGCAUUACUACAAAUACGCGCCCACUUACAGGAGGCAGUACUAUGGUGGCUAUCAAGAGUCCGGUGGGGGUGGCGGACCGCCGCCGGGCAGCGGUGCCGCCGGAGGUGGCCCUGGAGUCGUUGAUUACCAACCACCUCCGCCACCGCCCGGCGAAUAUCCGCUACCACCCUAUUAUGGGGGAUAUCCUCCGCCCCCCCAUCCACCGCCGCCGCCUCCUCCGAAUCCGGCAUAUCUGCAUUCUCAGGGAAGACCUUUCGUAGACCCCUUUCAGGGUUGUCCAUGCCCGAUGCAAUCGUGUCCAAAAAACGUGGAUACUGGGGCCCUUAUUGGUAAUGGUAAGGGAGCGCCAGUGGUAUCGGGGCCCGGUCUGUCAUUGCCACCCAGUGCUAUGGUAGGUCCGCCCUCGCCGGCGAGGGGGCUAGCAGGGCUAGCUCCCCCUCACGGUGCCAAUGCCUGGGAUACAGAUCGCGUCCAAAUCAACACUCACCGCAACCUAAAUCAGAACCAAUCCCCCUCGGUCCCGCCGUCGCGCAAUCUAGUCGGUGGGCAUAGCCGCCUUCAGAACCAAGACUGUAGGAGUAAGGACGAGCAAAAUUGUACGGAGGAUACGCUGAGGAAAUGCGGUUGUCAGAACGCGUGCACGUCCACUUGCGAGGUCAAGAUGGAAACGCUAUCGCCCACCGAGAAACUGUCCGUGGCGGCGAACUCUCCCAGCAGCAAGUAUCACAACUUCAAGCUGGAGAACAACAACGUCAAAUGCGAGUCCUGCAGCAUGGAGAUCAACGGGCUGCCGUGCGUCGCCAACUGCAACGUCGUCAAAUGCGAGUCGGAUUACAAGUGUGACAUCAUGAAGUGCGAGCAGUGCAUGAAGGCGGGACAGAUAGCGAUACUGGAGAUGGACAAGGAUUCCGGUAUCGUGCUGGACGACAAGCUCGACGGCGAUCCCGACGUGAAGGAGGAGCUGGACGUAGUGGUGAUCGACAGCGACGAGAGCUGGAAAAAGCCCGAUUACGAGCCGACCGUGCAAGAGACCGUAGACGAUAAAGAGGAAGAGGAGGAGGACGAGGGGGAGGGGGAAGUGGAGGAGGAAGCGAUGCAGGGACCGAUUGCGACCAAGGUCGAGGCCGAUGCUGAGACCGAGGAACAGCCCAAGUGCCAAAAGGUGACGAAGAGGAAGCUCUCGCUGGAUAGCUUAUCGGACAGUAGGAAGAAGAGGAAACUGAGCAAGAGGGCCCUGUCGGUGGGCUCGUCUCAGGAUGCGAAUAACGAGGAAUCGGCCGGUGUCAUUGCGCCGAUCGAGCCGCUACCGAGUAAGGCCGACGGCGCGAGAGCCGAGACGAUCGUCUCGAAGAAGAAGCAAGCGAAGAAGGACGUAGGGCUUCGGGGUCAAAAGCGUAAGGCGGAGGCGCCGAGUGCGAACGAGACCGCGACUAAGAAGGUGAAGAGCGUCAAGCAGAGCAUCGUCAAUUGCUUGAAACGGACCGCCAGCGAUAUUUCGAUAAUGGAAACCAUCGACGAUGUGAUACAGCAAGGCCUGCAGAUGACGCAGAGGAAGGACCGCAAGAGCAAGAACUACGAGCGCGCGGAGAAGAAGAAGAAGAGCGUCAAAGAGGAAUCGUUGCCGGCGGCGAAGAGGCCCGCGAAGAAGAUCGAUCAGCUGAAGGAGCAGGCCGUUGAGAAGAUGUCAAAGGCAGUUUCGAAGAAUGGCCAAGUCAAAAGCAAGGCAGACGCGAAACCGAAACCGAAGGUUGCGCAGGACGGUAAAGUCAAGGUUGGUAAGGGCAAGAUUGGCAAAAUUCUGGAGACGAAGGCGCAGGAUGUAAAGCCUAGGGCGCAGGACUCGAAAGCGCGGGACGGCACGAAGAAGCGCGAUAUCGUGUCGAAGACCAAAGCGAGUGACGUCAGCGAGGAUCCGAAAAAGUCGGCUGUAAUUAAGAAGAAGCGGAAGAGCGCGAAAAAGGUGGCAAACGCCAAGAAGUCGGGCUGUAAAGUAGAGAAUUCCUCGCCUGGAAAUGAGAGCCUCACGUUAACGAGAAAAACGUUCCUGAAACCGAAGUGGAACAACGGAUGGAGCUGGGAUGGGGAGCCCUUUGAAGCCAAAGUUUAUCUAACGAAUGAAGAAACGGCCAUACGGCGAUGUUACGCGAGCAUGAGUCACGAGGGCGGCGACGUAUUGCGGCCCCGGGACUGCGUAUUGCUGAAGAGCGGUACGCGAAAGGGUGACUUGCCGUAUGUAGCGAAGAUUGCUGCGCUGUGGGAGAAUCCGGACGACGGCGAGAUGAUGUUCUCGUUGCUGUGGUACUACAGACCUGAGCACACAGAACAGGGUCGGACGCCGCACGACAGCGAGGACGAGGUAUUUGCCUCGCGUCAUCGAGACGCAAACAGCGUCGCUUGCAUAGAGGACAAGUGUUACAUCCUAACGUUUAACGAAUACUGUCGGUAUCGUAAAAACUUACGGAGGAUCGAGGAGGGCUUAGAAAAUCCUGGCUUGAUAGUUCCGCCAGGGGACCAAGUGUAUCCAAGGGAGAAUCGGCAGCCUCCUAUACCAGUACCGUCAGACAUGGUGCUUUUCUGCCGACGUGUUUACGACUAUCGCGGGAAGAAACUUGUGAAGAACCCCGGAUGACUCGAAUUCCUGUAAGAUGCAAACCGAGGAAGCUUAGGUCACACAUUGAAACUGGCCGCAGGUCUCCUUUCAAGCGUAAUUGCGUCGCUGUUGAUCGAUUUGUCUUGAUUUCCAAGGGCGACGAGAUUCGAUUGUUUUUGUACCGAAUUAUCGAUUUCACGAGCACAUACAGCCUCUACUUUUACCUUUCGCCACGUUGCGUUUUACCUGUUUGUCAGAAGAACAAUCUUUGUGUGGAGAAACAUUCGGUUCUGUCCAAAACUGCGAAAAGGACGUGAGAAAAGUGAUGUGCGCGAGUGUCUCAAGAACAAUUGGAUCUCCUUCUGCCCUUAAACGUAGGAAGAUUCUUUGAAUAUCGCGUCAAAAGAAGAGAAAACAAAUGGCACGUCGUGUAUACUAUAAGGCUACCCUUAUCGCGCCGCUUACAUCAAUCGGUCUUUCUAUUCUACUCGUCUGCGAUACCACAGAAAUCAUGAUGAAUCGUUCAUUAAUUCUGGUGAUAGAUAUUGCGUGGAAUUCAUGUCGGCGGGUCGGGCGCUGGAAAGCGCGCCGAACGUUCGGGUCGAAGCGUAUAGAUCUAUUACAAGUUCCGGACGAUAUUUUUCCAAGGAUGGCAUUAUCCGCAUGUUCCUCUCGCGGGCGCGAUCGCGAACUUCCGCCCCCCCCUCCCUCUGUCCGCUCUCCAUUUUCCGCAGACAUGAACGAAACCAAUAUACAAUCUCGAUAACGUAUGUAAGAUGUUUCUAGGCGAGUUAGUGGAAUUUGACAAUUUUAUAGAGAGAAUCAUAUUUUUUGUGAGAUAGCAUUUUACACAACACUUAAAUGGAUAUUUUUCACAUAGGAGAUAACAAAUGUACGACGCCGUAAUGUCGUGUGCGUCAUGGCGCCUUAACUUGAAGGGAACCUACGAACAGUUUCAAAGAUAAGGAAUCAAAAGCAGGGACGAAAUUGCGAUUAUUUAGGGAAAAAGAGAAACAGCGUUAUAUAUAUUAUGUAUAAGUGCUCUCCGAUUAGGCCCGAGCGCAUGAUACGAGGGGCGAACAUCAAGCGUGUGCGACAUUACACUUCCAUUGUCCCACGGUAUGUUUGCAUCUGUCUCGGGGACGCGACUUCUCCCCGAAAUCCAACCCGCGCACAUUUGUCAUCUUCGUCGAUGUAAUCAUUGUAAUGUAAAAUGCAUUUUUACGAACAGUGCCGAAGACAAAAAAUGUUUCGAGACUGGAAGUGACUCGACUCACGUCGAACAAUUUGAGAAUUUACUGCUUUUGAAUAAUGUCUUUCAGAGAUAUCGUAAAUAUUUUAUAGAUAUUUUAACGUAUUACGAGACUUUUAAGUUUCCAAAUACCUUCAGAAAUCUGUUGUUAACGAGCGUCACGGUACUUUAAAACGUCUUGCAGUCAUCCCGACCUGGAACGAGUAAAGUACUGUCAUUGAUUAACAUUUUUUACAUUAAUUUGAUGUAUUUAGCAAAUGAUCAUGUUGACGAGAAGAUUCGUGAAUCGAGCCAUUUCCAUCUGAUAGACCGUGUCUACGUUUAGGCGAUCUUUAUUUGCUCGGUUUUUAAUACAAUAAUAUGACUCCUUCCAAGAAUGCAGGAGACAUGGACGUUUAAUUGUCAGGGAGACGUUUAUGUUUUGACCUGUUACGCACCGCGAGUCGCGCUUCUACAUGCAGUUUUGAUUUCUACACACACACAGACACACACGUACACACAUGCAUAUAUGUAUAUGUAUAUAUGUUUAUUUACAUAUAUAUGUAUAUGUGUAUAUAUAUGAUUAUUCUUUGUAUUUUUUAUUCAUAACGAUCUCUAAGAUCUAUAAUGAGAGAGAAUUGUAGUUGUAUAUUAUCGCCUAUAACUUAGGUAUCUCGUUAUGAAUUAAAAUUUUAUGUACAUACAUAUACAUACAUGUAUGUAUGUAUAUAAUUUUGAUUCAUAAAGAAUUCACAUCUUAGCGAUUAGUCAAUACUCGCGGUAAAAUGCCAAAAAUAACCAAACCAUUCACGAAUUACGAGAAACACUUUUCAAUGCAAAUCAUUAACAUUAUCGCGACGUACUAAAAUUUAUCACGAGAUCAUCGAUAAGUAAUUUCUGUGGGAAUUCAUCGAACCGUGUUAAUUUUAUUUACAUUUGUUGAGUGUAGCGGGCGCUUUGUUGGAAAUCAUAUUAUUUAAAAUUAAUAUAUUAAUAUGGUUAUAUUAUUUAAUAUCUAAUAUAUUGGAUGUAGGUAUUAAGUUAUUUUGCGAAAGAAUAUUAAGUAAUAAGACGAGUAGAAGAGAGCGCGCGCGUGUUUACGGCUGUAUGUAUGUGUAUGCAUGCGAGAGAAGAGCGAAAAGAGGAGAGAAGACGAACGACGAGAACUGUUAUAAAUGAGCGAGUAAAUCGAAAAGGCGGUAGAAAGAAGAGAGUGAGUGAGAGUGAGAGGGACGCAGGACGAGGAUGACAGAUCAUGUUUAUGAGAAAUUUCGCGAUACCAAAACAUUCUUUCACGUGCAAAAAUCUUUUCCUUGCGAUUCGAAGUGCGUCUCAUAAUGUAUCCGGAUGAUCCUCGAUGAGAUGCGCUCGAUGUAUUUCAUAAGGAAUCGACUUAGUCUUACGUAAAACACCGUGAAAACACACACACACACACAAACGCAUGGAUUUCGACGAGCGCCGCUCCCCCAAAUUGAGUGCUGAAAAACGCUCCGAGUGUCCUUACGCGAACGCGCGCACGUCCUCUUACCUCCGUGCACAUAUCGGGACCGAGAGGGACGAACGGGCCCCGUCGACGUCUCUAAACACGAAAAUUCCAAAGAGGCAACCCCGUGAAAGGGAUGCAAAUCGCGGCGCUCGUCGGCAAUCCACCAGGUUCUUGCGUAAUCUUUUUAUAGAUAGUUUUAUAUUCCUUUUUAACGCGCAAAGAGGAGAUGAGAGAAAAGUGGUACGAAAGUGCGGAAGAUAGUUUUUUUUCCGGCGGGAAAGAAAACGGUACAGGUAGCGAAACCGGGGAGAACGGUGAUAUGCGGGCGGAACAGUAAAGACACGCCGGAGAGAUAUCAAGAGAAAGGGGAGAGAUUGAGAGAAAGUGGGAAGAGUUGUACAACUUGCGCGCGACUGUGUAGUGUCGCCGAGGCGUAGCGUAUUCGCGAAGAUCAUUGAGACGAAACAGGCGGCGCCUGUGUAAAUAUUGUGUAUGUGUAAUACCUAAAUGAAGAAAAGAAUUAGGAAACGAGAGAGGAGGAGAAAGACAGAGGAGAGACAGGAGAGAAAGAGGCGCGGCUCUCCGUCGAGCCGCGUGCGCGCACGGCGCGGUUGUAAUUUUCAGGAACUUACCUACCUAACGACGGUUAACAUGGGAACAUUGCACACACACACACACACACACACACACAUACAUACAACACACACAAUGCAUAUCCUCUGUUCAUUUUAAGUAGCCGACUACGAACUUUUUCCAUCGAGAGCGCGAAGCAGCCGAGGCCUCCGUGUUCGUUCGUGGGGCACGCGUGGUGCGCGAGGCCUGCGCUGGCCUCCAUCCUCCGCCGCCCGCUCCUUGCUCCUUCCUUGCAUCCGCUUUAAUCAAAAUGCAACAAGUGUCGGCCGUGCGCGCUCAUCGAGAUCGGGUACGUCGUCAGUCGCGCUGUCGUAUCGCUCGCUCGAGACACGCCGCGCCGAUUACGAGCGUGGCUGCAAAUCACUUGACUCAUAUUGAGUAUAUUCACCCGACUGUGUGUACUCGUCACGUUAAUCCUUAACUGUUAAGGCGUAAAGGGAUCAUGUAUCUAUAUUAUGAGAUAAAUAGCGAUUUCGUACCUCGCUGAUAAUAGGAGGGGACAAAAAUAUUAGAUACUUUUUAUUACUUUGUAAAAGGUAUUUGCGCGUUCGAUGAGGCAUUGACCAUUUUAUUGUUAUGUACACGAUAUACCGUUGUUUCUCGAAGUGAAAUAUUAAUAGAGAGAUCGGUUCAGUCAAAUUUCAGAUUUUAUUUCGCUUGAAUGAAUAAAGGUCAGCCCAGACAAUACGGACAUCUGGAAAAUGUCGUGGAACACUCGUCAGACGUUUUGUAGAUUCUUUUAUUAUUUGGGAGAGACAUAUAGCAAGAGAAAUAAGAAAGAGGUCGAUUUCUUCGCGACGUAUUGAAAUAUUUACUAAGUCAUUGAUUAUUAACGUUGCAACAAGCAAAAGCGCUACAGCGGCGAAGGGUUUAGCAAUUAAUCGCGUGCGACAUUGUUCAAACCUGAAACUGACAUGAUGAAAUCGACAAAAGGUUGCGAACCGCGAUAUUUCUGACAGUUACAAUUGAAUAUCGUUGUGAAAGAAAAUAUGACUUAUAUCCCAUUUUUAACGGACUCUCCAGCGUGCGGACCGCGAUCGUCGCCCGAUCUCGAGAAUGCGACCGCUAUUUGCGCACGAUCAACCCGAUGAACAUUCAUUGCGCGGCGUUACGCGGUUUGCCGUGCGGAUGCUCGAUUUCCUCUGGUUUAUUUAGCCGGAACAGGAGACGCGCGAUUGUACUUGUAGGCGGUGCCUCGUUCUCGUAGCUGCGAGGCUUGUACGCCCCCCCCCCUCGCGAGGGUUUUUUUUAUUUGUAUAAACGUAUCUAAUAAUAGUGCAGUGUAUUAAUGAAUUACAUGACAUUGAUAAUUACGCGAGUUUUGAAACUAAUUAGAUAACUUUUAUAUUCGAGGAUAUGUUUAGCAGCUUGAUAUUUACUAAAGUGAACGUCCGCUCCUUUUGUUCACGCUUUUGCGCGAAGGGGAUAAUUUUGUAUAGCAUCUUUUAUAAUCACUUUUCUUUAUUAUCAUUGUACAAAAGUACGCAUACAUUUCUCUGUAUGUUCUCUCAUAUCGGUGUUUCCAACACAUGUUUCCAAUUAUUUUCUAAAAGCAUUUCACAACACUUCGAAGCGUCACGUAAAAUUUCAAUGUAUUUGCAAACGAAAAUUAUAUAUUGCAUUAUACUGACAUCGCAUUGUAUAAUUUCAUUGCUCGGCUUUGAAUAACGGGAUAUAUUUGCUUGCUACAAGUUAUUGUUUCCAAGAAAUAAAUGGAUUAACGUGAUCUAUGAAAAAUCUAACUAAAUAUGCAUUUGAAUCGACAUAGUUUUACUCUCUUCGCGAUUAAAUGACAAGCCAAGCAGUAAGAUUGGAAUGAAAAAUUUUCUUUUUCGAAAAAUUGUCUACACAGCUUUUAGUUUUUUUUACUCGAGAGAGUGCCAUUUACGUAAAUGACAAAUUUCCUGUGACACGCGAUCUUUUCGAUGUAGCACUGCUACCGUCUAUUCGAAAUACUUGUACCCAGUUAUCGUUUGAAUCAUGUUUAAAUAUAUCGGAAAAGUGCGCAAGGCUCGCAGGCGGAUCACGUCCUUGAGAAUGCGGGGCACGCCUAGGAAUUGCAUGCUUGUAAUUGUAUAUCGUUGCAGAGCGUCUUGAGCCGAGAAUUGUUGGCAAGAAAUAAAUAAGAAAUCUAAUUUACCAAGUGUCUUACUGUAAAGUAUCUACUCCGAUUAUACCAAUAAAUGAUGGAUACGGGUUCGCAGUACGAACGCAGACGUGUCAAGUGAUUCGACGUUAAUCAGACGAACUCUGGAAGUCGCGGAAACGUUCGAAAAUAUCAAUUUUCGAGAACCUAUAUCUAUUUGUAUCGUCAUUACUGUAAGAGAAGAAGGAAGAUUGUGUCCUAUGAUAAAAAUUUACUCCUACUCAUA